AUGGUAAUGAACGGGAAUAAGAGUCGUGAAAAUACAAAUGGCGUAGGUAGUGCUUUAAUAAAUUUAAAAAUUCUUAUAUCAUGUUAUAAUAUCAUGAAAUCAAUGCAAUUUGAAACAAAUAUGCUUGUGUACGAUAUAUGCCGAAUUAUUCAAGAUAGAAUAAUGAAUGAGCCGUUGUUAUAUCGUGGAGAUCCAUCUGAAUAUGGUCUAUUUAUUAAUGAUAAUUCAGAACCUAUAAAUAGUAUUUGGCUAGAUAAUGGACGUACAUUAAAUUAUUAUUUACUAAAAAAUGAUGAUCGUUCAUUGCAACGAACAGAUAAAGAGAUGGAAGAAUUUAGCCUGUGCAAUAUUAAACAAUCGAAUAAGAUUUCGCUAUCGAUUAUAAUUUUUGUGUGUUAUUCGUUAGUAAAUCUCAUACAAGUUAUCCUUGACCAUGAGAAUAUGGCUGCCAUAACCAAAUGA